CAUGUUCUGAACACAAAUUGGGGGGAAAAGUUUUUCCACCGAAGAAAACUUGAAAAUUCCCUCCAAAAAUCAGCAAAAUUUACAUAAGGAUACAUAUCUAUCUCACUCGAUGCAAACAGCAUACUGCUACCAGAAUCAGACAAGCCAUUGAAUCCAUCAUGUCAACACACGGUGAUGAUCUCGAUCUUCUUCUUUCCCUUCAAGACAGGGUGCUAGAAACCCCUCCUUCUUCUCCUUCGCCCCAUUCACCUGGAUAUCUAUCUGACGAUGGAUCUGCAAGACAGAGGGGACAUGCAGACAUGUCUGUUUUCAGAACCGCUGUUGAGGAUUGUCUAGAUUAUGAGCCUGAACCCUCCAAGAAACCACUCAAAUCCAGCCAUGGAAAGAAGUCAAGUGAUGUUGAUGUUGAAAAGUUUUCUGGUUUGAGAAUCCAGAAUCAGUUGGUUUCUCGAACAGAAUUGAGUGAUCGAUUAGCUGAUAUUCGAUUUGUUCGUUUAACAGCAAUAAAGAAUCUUUUAUCAGGGGACACUCUUUCUGGAUGUUGGGCAACUAUUGGAGUUUUAUGUGAGAAAGGGGAAAUAAGGACUAGUUCUACAGGGAAACCCUACAGCAUAUGGACUAUUGGAUGUUUAGAUGAAAAAACUGUUUCCCUUUUCUUGUUUGGAAAUACUUAUCAAAAGAACAGUAAAGAAGAAAUUGGCACAAUCUUUGCUCUAUUCAAUUGUGAAGUUAGGAAGAAUGCAAAAUCGAAAUCAGGAUUUACUUUGACAGUUUUUUCUGCUCCACAAGUGUUAAAGUUGGGAACUUCUGCUGAUUUUGGACAAUGCAAAACUUGUAAUCAAGUUAUCAACAAACGCCAUGGAGUAUAUUGCAAGUUUCAUACAAAGAAUGCAUCAGAAAAAUAUUCAACUAAAAGAGUAGAGUUCAUGGGAGGGAACUUAAGAACAGCCUUCAAUUAUAAAGAGAGAAUGCAGACAGAAGGCAUUUACAUGGUUGAAAACCAGACAAAUGUUUCUAAACCUGGACAACCUGCAAAAGUUCAUUCUAUUGAAGGGUUAAGAAGGGCAUUGAGUAAUGCAGGAAAAGUGACAACAAAUACUUACUCACAAGGAAUUCGAUUUCUAUCACAAGUUGCAGGGAAAUCGAGUCCAGUUUUAAACAAACCAAUUAAGAGCUCAACAGAUAAAAGGAAAUCAGAGGUUGUGGGGUCAAAUCCACCUGAUGUCAAAACAAGUCAGCAACUAAAUGCAAAGAGAGUAAAGAUUGAAAAAAGUCAAAUGCCACAAGUGAAAGUCAAACAAGGGAAAGAAAAAACGGUUGAGUUAGAAUAUGUUAGUUCUGAUGAUGAAUCUGAUUCUAUUUUUUGAGAUUUUAACUUAUUAAUGAUUGUAGUUCAAUGGAG